GGAACGGCAGCGGGAGAGAACUAGCCGCUCCCCUUUCGCUGGUUCUCUCCACUUCAGGCCACGGCAGGUUAUGCCGGUGAAGUAGGGCACUGUUCCAAAAUGGACAUGCGUUGUGUUUUACUCAGCAGCUGGGAUCUUUCAGCUCCAUAAGCCAUGCCUCACGAGUAAAAUCACUUUUUUUUUUUUUUUUUUUUUUUUUUGCUUGAAGCAAUAAAAAAGAAAAAACAGAAACUCCUACAUGCCUCCUCAUGUAGAACUCCUUCAGCUCGUCCUUCUGGAGUGACAUCCCCCUCAUCCAGACAGGGUCUGCCUCGUCCUCUCGCUGUUUGCUCCUCCACCCACCGCCCUACAAUAACUACCCAUCACCAUGCUGCUCUGCCUGAGAAUGACCAACACCUGAGCUCCCAUGCGUCCAGUAAGCACCGAUUCAGACGGUUCCGUUCCUCCUGAGAACCUCUCUUGCCCCUACCCUCUCGCAGGGCCCCUGCCUGCCUCAGAGAUGUCCCUUCUCCAGUCGCUAGGGCCAGUGCAAAGCUGGCUCGGCCAGGAGCUUGAGAAGUGUGGGAUUGAUGCCAUGAUUUACACCCGCUAUGUUCUCAGCCUUCUCCUGCACGACAGCUACGACUACGACCUGCAGGACCAGGAAAAUGACAUCUUCCUGGGAUGGGAGAAGGGAGCUGGGAAGAAAUGGGGCAAGAGCAAGAAGAAAGGAGGGACUGACCUGAGUCUAGAGGAAAUGAAGAAGCAAGCUGCAGUGCAAUGCCUCCGUUCUGCAUCUGAUGAAAACUCUGAAAUUGAGAGCCUGGUUGAGGAGCUUUGCUCCAAACUUAAGGACAUCCAGAACAAACAGAAAGAAGAAAAGUGCAUUCAAAAGAAAUCAGAUGGCUCUCAAUCACCAGAGCGAGCUGAUUCUCCCUCUUCAAAGGAUCAGGUGGAAAUGUAUUAUGAAGCCUUUCCUCCUUUGUCAGAGAAACCUGUUUGUCUCCAAGAGAUCAUGACGGUGUGGAACAAAGCAAAGGCCUGCGCUUACUCCAGUUCAUCAUCCUCUGCAGCCCCUCAAACCAGCACAGACACAUCCUCCCCCAAAGACUGCAACAGCGAAGGUGAAGUGACAAAGGAGCCAAACAUUGAGGCGUUCAGCACCAUCACCUCUGUGACCAGCGACAGAGGCCAGCAACGACAAAGCAAGAAGGAGAAAGAAAACAGAUACCACAGUGGUGCAGCUGCAGAGGAGAAAUCUACUGGUCACUUAAAGAGACAGACUAGGCACAGGUCUGAGGGCAAAUAUCGACCCAGAUCCUGGUCUUCUGGCUCUAGCGAGGCAGGCUCGAGUUCAAGUGGGAACCAGGGUGACUCCAAGUCAUCCAGAAGCAAAACAGUUAGAAUAAGGCACAAAUCCAGGGAGGCUGCCAAAACUAAGAGAACACGCAACAGUGGGCAGGUAAAGCUGCAGAUGAAGCGUAUCGAUAAAGAGGAGAAAAGAAUUGCAGGGGUGAGUGGGAGCAGCACAACUGGCAAUGCUGCCAAACUACCACAGCUUUACAAAAAGGGGAAACGACCGCUGAAGGAGAUUCGCAAAGAGCCAGGCUGGGCAGAAACAAAAGAGUCCAGAGUUGAGGGCAGAAACAAAGAGUACAUGGAGGAGCCGCUUUGGUACACUGAGCCUAUCACAGAGUACCUUAUACCUUUCAGCAGCUGUCAAAGCAAACUUGAAACAAAAUAUCGAAGCAAAGUUGGCUCUCCGGAUGACUUUGGUUUGACAGCAGAUGUGGAGGGGCUGCCAGAAAAAAUCCAGGGAAUCUGUAUUGCCAAUGAGAACUACCAGAAAGCCUAUUUAGCGGCAGGCUCGUUUGUGGAUGGGCACUUUGUGGAAGGUCCCAGCGAAGUAGACGAAGAAACUGCAGACCUCACUGGAACUUCAGCCUGUCCUCAGCCAGAGGAUAGUAGAGAUUUAGAUGACAAGCAUCUGUCCGAAUUCACUCACUUCUAUGAAGUUGAUAUUUAUCAAUCCAUAUUGGAUACUAGUGCCUCAGAUGCGAUACAGGAGAGUCGGAUCUUAAGCAUGAUUCGACAGAAAAGCAAAGAGCAAGGAGACAAUGAGGCAGAAUGUUGUUUAGUGUUAGAUGGCCUUGAGCAGCAAGGGGAAAGUGCAAUACGGGCUGACUCGCAGGAAGCUUCUGGAUCUAUUGGAUUCUUAAUGGAGGAUCUUGAAAACAUGGUUCAGAUGUGGGGAUGUUAUUCACCAUCCACCUCUGAAGAUAUAGAUGGAGAAAGCUUCAUAGCAGACUCUCCCGUUCAGCUUUCACCUCUUCUGGAUAGUGUUUCAUUGACCCUUAGCAAGCUACCUAGAAAUCAGGAAGAGCCAUCAGCUCUUGAAGCUACCAGUGAGCCAUCUGGUUUGAACUCAUCCUGCUUCUCCAUUUUCGAGUUGCAGUAUGAAAGCCCAACUUUUCCCUUACCCCGCGACUCACUCACCUUUGGUCAUGAAAAUAACACAGACUCUAGUAACUGUCUCGACCCACAUUCAAAUAAACAGUCACGUUUGCUAAUAUGGACCAAAAAUAGUGCCUUUGAUGAAACUGAACACUGUUCCAAUCUAUCAACACGAACUUGCAGCCCGUGGUCGCAUUCGGAGGAGACUCGAUCGGACAAUGAGCUGGGAAAUGCACCAGCGGAGGAUGCUGCUCAAAUUGGCAACGAGGAGACCGAUUCUGUUAUUCCUCCUCUCUCUGGUACAUAUCUAGAAGAUGAAAUCCUAGAGUUUUUACAAGAGGACUCUGGCAAACAGUCUGAAAUGGUCAGUGCUAGCACAGUGUCCAGUCAGACCUUUACCAAAAAAUCUAAAUUGGAGUCUGUCUGUGGCAUAGCACUGGAAGAGGAUGAGAGUAAACAGUACAGCACUGGCAUAUUUUCUGACAACACAAACCAACAAAGUGAUGAUUACAGCUCAGGGAUAAUAAAAGACAUUUGGACUGCAAUUGGAGAUGGUAAUUCUGCUAUGUCUAGGCACGAAGCAGAAACAACAAACAAGGGGCUUUUUUCAGAUGAGCCAGGCUCUUUUUGUUGCAAUUGUCUAGAGGUCCAGACAAAAGGAGUUCCUAUUCAGGAACCCCAGAAAAAAGCAGUGCAGCGUUCUGAGUAUCACCUCUGGGAAGGCAAGAAGGAAGAACAGGAAAUAGCCAAAAACAAACUCUCCAAGGUCAAUGCUGCAGGGGAUUACAUGACUCCGUCCAAGCCCUGGGACUUGAGCUCUGACAAGGACAGUACAUCGUUCAUUCUUGGAGGGGUGUAUGGAGAGUUGAAAACACUAAGUGGUGAUAAGAACUGGGCUGUUGUGCCACCAGGUGAUACCCACAAUAGUUUGCUACAAUGUGCUGCUGCAGCUGCCUCUGUGUCUAGCUCAGACAUGCUUACCAUCACUGGCAAAGACGUGUUCAUGAACCCUGGCAGCUGCAUUGCCCCUGGACACAGGCCCCUGUGGAGGCCCCUCGUGUCCUUCGGGCAGAGUGACCAGGCCAACAGAGGAGGUGGAGAUGGACUGAAUAAGGGAUUUUCUUUGAUCUUCCAUGAAGAUUUGCUUGGAUCUUGCGGAGGCUGGCACAGUGAGGAGCAAAGUUUAAAAUAUCCGUUUGCAUCCUUUAACCUGAACAAUCCCUUCUCUCAAGUCCUCCAUGUAGAGUGUUCGUUUGAGCCUGAGGACAUGACUUCUUUCAGUCCAGGAUUCAAGCCCAAGUCCAUUCUUUGCUCAGACUCUGAGAGUGAGGCCUUCCACUCACGAUUAUAUGGCUUCAACCGGACACAGUAUAGGGCCAUUCGCAUUUCCCCUAGGACUCAUUUCCGACCAAUAUCAGCCUCAGAGUUGUCUCCUGGUGGAGUUAGUGAUUCGGAGGCUGAGACCGACAAAGAGGAGAUGAGUUUUUCUACGGCAGCACCAGCGGACGUCUUUGAUGAUCCUCAGGCUGAUCUAAAACCUCUGGAGGAGGAUGCAGAAUGUGAAGGCCCUUAUUACGGGAAGUCAGAACUGGAAUCGGGUAAAUUUUUACCCAGAUUAAAGAAGUCUGGCAUGGAGAAGAGUGCCCAGACUUCUUUGGAUUCACAGGAGGGUUCCAACACCCUCCUGCCGAUCCCUGAGCAAAAGAGUUGCUUAAACUGCGAAACGGCAACGGCCGCAUCAAGUGCAGGUGAACACACUGAUGUUGGCAAAACUCAAGAAGAGGAAACUUCAGGAGAAAAACAGUCUUGUUUAUGUUCACCAGCAGGUCAGAUCCCAAAGUAUGGGAUUGCUUAUGACUAUGUUGGUGAUAUGCCAGAGUUUCCUCUGUUAAAUCUAAGUGGGCAGGGAGGAACGGGCAACCAGCAGGAUGAGUGCUGGUGGCAGAAUGCAGUUUGUUCCCCCCUUUUUCCUGGAUCUCAGUGCACAGGAAACAGCAACAUUUGAAGUCUCCAAUUUUGCCGAGGACUCCUGUCACAGAGAGGAAACCUUCCCCUGCUCUUGAGACUGGACCUCUACCAGCAAAGAUUCAGGGUCAUCUCAGAGCUGACAAACCUUAACGUAGGCUAAUUUUCUGAGAAGCCUGUCCAAAACCUCAACACCACCCCUAUUGGUUUUUCAUUUACUAACUUCAAAACAACCUCGUGUAAUCAACAAUCAGAUCGGCAAAAGAAGUGAAAGUAGAAAUACGUAAAAAAAUCAACAAGAAAAAAAACAUGUUCUGUCUUUGGGUGAUGCCAUGAGUCUUGUGCUCCGGUCCUUUUCAAGACUCAGUUAGCUUGUAGAGACGAUAUUUCAUUCUAUUCUGUCAGUUUUUGUUCCCACCAUUUUGAGUUUGAACCAAGAUUGUGGUGGUUGGUGGUGUCCGAAUGGUUGUGCAUGUGUUCGUCCAGCCGCUCACGCCUCUUUUCUAGCUAAACCUAAUGUGUGAAACGACUGCUAUCACAUCCUCUACCUGGCCAUCUUCAGUUCAAAGACAGUGCAAGGAUGUAGAGUUUUGAGUUUUUGAACAAUUCAAGAGUUUAAUUAAAAUAGUUUGGAUGAUUUUCUGAAUGUGAAACUGAGAACGUGUGCAGCUUUCUUCUAAAUAUCCGCAACUUCCCUGUGUGUGACAAGUUUGUCUUUUUUUUUUUUUGAAUGGUGAAAGUCUUUCUAAAGCCUAG